CGUUUGGGGCAGGCCUUGGGCCACAGCAGGUGAAGCUAUUACCUCCCUCCUGGAAUCUUCGAGACUGGGGACACUAUCCUCAAUAUGUCCACAGCUUUGGCCAAUGCCGUAUGCCAGCGCUGCCGGGCCCACUUUGCCCCUUCCGAGAGGAUCGUCAACAGCAACGGGGAGCUCUUCCACGAGCAUUGCUUCGUGUGCGCCCAGUGCUUCCGGCAGUUCCCCGAGGGGCUCUUCUAUGAGUUUGAAGGCCGGAAGUACUGUGAACACGACUUCCAGAUGCUGUUCGCCCCGUGCUGCGGAUCCUGUGGUGAGUUCAUCAUUGGCCGCGUCAUCAAGGCCAUGAACAACAGCUGGCACCCUGGGUGCUUCCGCUGUGAGCUGUGUGACACGGAGCUGGCGGACCUGGGCUUCGUGAAGAAUGCGGACAGGCACCUCUGCCGGCCUUGCCACAACCAGGAGAAGGCCAAGCGUCUGGGCAAGUAUGUCUGUCAGCGGUGCUACCUGGUCAUUGACGAGCAGCCUCUCAUGUUCCGGAAUGAUGCCUACCAUGCAGACCACUUCAACUGCACCCACUGUGGGAAGGAGCUGACAGCAGAGGCCCGUGAGCUGAAGGGUGAGCUCUACUGUUUGCCGUGCCACGACAAGAUGGGGGUGCCCAUCUGCGGGGCCUGCCACCGGCCCAUCGAGGGCCGCGUGGUCAACGCGCUGGGCAAGCAGUGGCAUGUGGAGCACUUUGUCUGUGCCAAGUGCGAGAAGCCAUUCCUGGGACACCGGCACUAUGAGAAGAAGGGCCUGGCCUACUGUGAGACACAUUACAACCAGCUCUUUGGGGAUGUCUGCUACAACUGCAGCCACGUGAUCGAGGGUGAUGUGGUGUCGGCCCUCAACAAGGCCUGGUGUGUGAACUGCUUCUCCUGCGCCACCUGCAGCAGCAAGCUCACCUUAAAGAACAAGUUUGUGGAGUUCGACAUGAAGCCUGUCUGUAGGAAGUGUUAUGAGAAGUUCCCUCUGGAGCUGAAGAAAAGGCUGAAGAAGCUGUCCACGCUGGCUGCCCGCAGGGCCCACCCCAAGGCUGUGGACUUCAACUCUUCCUGAAGUCCUCCAGUCUGUCUCUGUCUCCCCAGGUGGUUCCCCACUCUUUUGCUGUCUGCCUCCCCUCCCCCUGUGUUCUUUCUCUCCUUGUGCUUAGAUGGGAGUUUACAGAUCAAAUCAACUUUCCAUUCAACAAUGCUUUUAUUUCA